UGCAGGUGCGGAGCCGGCGAGAGGGGAAGCGCGAGGCGGCAGAAGGGAGCGCGGCAGGAUGCGGUCGGCGCGGAGCUGCAGGCACUCGCCUUGGGCGGCCGCGGCGGGGAUUGUGCUGCUGUGCCUGGCGGGCCGAGCUAGAGCUCAGGAGGUCCAAGCCGAGAAUGUGACAGUAGCAGAAGGCGGACAGGCUGAGAUCAAUUGCAAACUGCACCAAUAUGACGGCUCCAUCGUGGUGAUCCAGAACCCAUCUCGGCAAACACUCUUCUUUAAUGGCACGCGAGCCUUGAAGGAUGAACGUUUCCAGUUGGUGGAGUUCACCCAGAAGCAGGUCCGCAUUGUGCUCUCCAACGCCCGCCUGGAAGAUGAAGGCGGAUACUAUUGCCAGCUGUACACAGAAGACACCCACCAUCAGAUUGCCAUCCUUACAGUCCUGGUUCCCCCGGACAGUCCUUUAGUGGAGGUGAAGGAACAGGCGGUAGAAGGAGGAGAAGUCGAACUCACCUGCAGUGUUCCCAGGUCACGCCCUGCGGCCACCCUGCGCUGGUAUCGGGACCGGAAAGAGAUAAAAGGAACAAGCAGCAAGCAAGAAAAUGGGAAAGUGUUCAGCAUCAACAGCAUGGUGCGUUUCCGGGUGGAUCGCAAGGACCACAGCAGCAUCGUGACGUGCGAAGCCAUCCACCCGGCACUACGUGGUCAGCGGAAGCAGACGCAGUACGUGCUAGAUGUGCAGUAUUCACCCACAGCGAGAAUCCACCCGCCUCAGGGAGUCAUGAGGGAAGGCGACACCUUAAUUUUGACUUGCGCUGUAAACGGCAACCCACUGUAAGUCCUUCUUCUGGGUGGGAAAAAGCAAAUUUUGGACUUAUUUUGGUGGCAGGAGGAGAGAACCUUGUGCAGAAAACACAAGGGGAAAGGAAUGACAUGGUUGUGGCAGCGGUUACCCUGUUCUUUAAGAAAAAAAAAGACUGAUUUUUACUGACAUUUAUUAAAAAACCAAAUCUGGUGCUGAGAAAAGCUGAAACUGGCGACCCUUAACAAAUUAGAGCUGUCAAGGAAGAUAUUGGAAUAUUUUGG